CUUCUUCUACCUCUUCUUACCUCCUGCAUCCUCCUCAUCCUCCGCCAUGGUGAACAGAUAACCAUCCGGCCAUCCUGACACUAUGGGUGCCUGCUUCUGCAAAGGUCACAAAGAGCUCCACCAUGCCAUGACAGCACAGCAGGACCAGACUGUGGAGGGUCAGCCAUCCUCUUUCAAGGAUGGCCAGAAUCCGUCAAACGGCAGUGUGGCAGAUAAAAGCAGCGGCUAUGAUAUCGGCGAGCUGGCCACCUCUUCUUUGAUUGGUCUGGUGGCCACGAUAAAGGAGCAUAUCACCAAGCCGACAGCGAUGGCCCAGGGCCGAGUUGCUCACCUGAUUGAGUGGAAGGGUUGGGGUGGAGGCAGCGAAGCCAGGGGAGGCGGUGGUGGGUGGAGCGGGGCCCGGCGGGGCAUCGGGACAGAGCUGCAGGAGGAUGAACAAUUCUACUCCCAAAUGACCGACGAGAUCAAGGAAGCUCGCUUCGCUGCAGGUGUAGCAGAGCAGUUCGCCCUGGCUGAGGCGUGCAUGAAUGUGUGGUCCAUGAAUGACGGCUUAGAGCAGCCCUCCACCAGUUUACAAGCAGCACAAAGCCACUUCUUGUCUCAGUUCCUGCUGGACGGCGGAAGCGUCAGCGUCCCUCAGCACCUGUACAGCAUCCACGCCCAGACUUAUGGCAGCACCAUGGCUGCCAACCUGGUCCUCCCGCCAACAGUUGACUCCAUUUCCCAGACGUCCAACGUCCAGCAGGACAGAAGCACCGUAACUGCAGAGGCAGCUGUCCGACACGUAGACAGCAGCUCGCUAUCUGAGGAUGACGUUUUUUAUAACUGAGCUUAACAGGAGAACAAGCCAGCAAUCUUGAUGGCGAUCUGAGCCUGAGCCUUACUAAGAGGACUUGAGUCUCAGUCACCAGCACUGACUGAUACAAAAACGUAACAUCUGUGAGAGAUCUCAAGAGAUAAUUCCUCAAAUGGCUUUUCUGGGAGGGUGUCAGCACCUGGUCUCCAGAUUCAAACUUUCUCCCCCAUCGAGACGUACACUUUUCUGAAUGUACAUAGUUCCCCUGCUACAUUUUAAUUUUUUAUUCAGUGUACAAACACUUUCACAUUAUAGCUAGAACUGAACUGUGAAGUCAACUAAUACCUGUGUAAAUAUCUUAUUAAACAUUAAUUUUAACAUAUGUGCAGUACAA